AUGGACUCUCCGUGGAAUGAGCUGACCCUUGCCUUUUCUCGCACUUCCAUGUUCCCCUUUUUUGACAUCGCCCACUACCUGGUGUCGGUGAUGGCGUUGAAGCAUCAGCCGGGAGCAGAAGAGCUGGCAUGGAAGAAUCCUCUGUCAAGCUGGUUUACUGCUAUGCUCCACUGCUUUGGUGGAGGAAUUUUAUCCUGUAUACUGCUUGCAGAGCCUCCACUUAGGUUUCUUGCAAACAGCACUAAUAUAUUACUGGCAUCUUCAAUCUGGUAUAUUGCAUUUUUUUGCCCAUGUGACCUAGUUUCCCAGGGAUACUCAUUCCUGCCUGUUCAACUGUUGGCUGCGGGAAUGAAGGAAGUGACCCGAACUUGGAAAAUAGUAGGUGGAGUCACACAUGCUAAUAGCUAUUACAAAAAUGGCUGGAUAGUCAUGAUAGCUAUUGGAUGGGCCCGAGGUGCAGGUGGUAGCAUUAUCACGAACUUUGAGCAGUUGUUAAAAGGAUGUUGGAAACCAGAAGUGGAGGAAUGGCUGAAGAUGUCCUACACUGCCAAGGUAACCCUGCUGGGAUCAGUUAUCUUCACAUUCCAGCAAACCAAGCAUUUGGCAAUAUCAAGGCAUAAUCUUAUGUUCUUCUUUACUGUGUUUCUUGUGGCCACGAAGAUAACCAUGAUGAUUACAGAGACUGCUCUUAUGCCUUUUGCUUGUUUUGAAGAUACAUUGAGUCGGAUGCUGUUUGGCUGGCAGCAGAAGUUUUUACCAUGUGAAAAGAAAAGUGAAACAAAAUCAUCUUUCAAUGGUACUGGUUCAUCUACCUCAAAACCUGUAGCUAAUGCUUCAGAGAAAGUUAAAAAGAAACAUAGUAAGAAGACUGAGUAA